AGAAAGUAUUAAAAUGGGUCGUGCUCGUGCUGUGUCGAAUUCGAUCGUGCCAAAGAUUGCAGGCUCUAGACGGAAGAGUACGGCACCCCGGUUCGGUCAGCCAUGCUGAAGUUUGGGGCGUUACUCCAUAUAUAAACCCUCCAAAAUCCUCGACAUUUCUUUUCAUUUCUUUGAAUUUUCUAUCUGCAGAUAAAAAAUAAAAUCGAGUAUCCUUUUUUUAAUAUUCUUUUUAAUCAGAUCAAGAAUUUCUUAUUGUUCUUGCCCUUGAUUGGCUCGUACUGGUGAACUGCUGGGUAUUAAUGAUUCUGCAAAUUAUCAUCUGGGUAUAGUCUGAAUUGCUGCAAAAGGGGUUGAUUCUCAUCAUGGAGAGCGGUUUUAAUGGCGGACUUGGGGGUUAUGAUAUUCAUGGUUUUCGCACCAUGGAAGAUUUGGAUGUCCCAAACAUAAUGAAGGAAGCCAAAAGCAGGUGGCUUCGACCCAAUGAGAUCCAUGCUAUACUGUUUAACUAUACUAAUUUCACCAUCCAUGUGAAACCAGUGAGCUUACCAAGAGGUGGCACAAUCGUGUUAUUUGAUCGUAAAAAGCUGCGUAAUUUUCGGAAAGAUGGUCACAAUUGGAAGAAGAAAAAAGAUGGAAAAACUGUCAAAGAAGCUCAUGAACACCUCAAAGUCGGCACUGAAGAAAGAAUACAUGUGUACUAUGCUCAUGGUGAAGAUAACCCAAAAUUCGUCCGCAGGUGUUACUGGUUGCUUGAUAAGGCUUUGGAACACAUAGUGCUUGUUCAUUACCGUGAAACUCAAGAGUCACAGGUUUCUCCGAGCACGCCGACAAAUUCAAGUUUCCGUUCAGACUUAACUGACUAUUCAGCUUCUCAGCUUCUGUCAAGAGGCAAUGACUGCGUGGUCAAUCAAGUUUAUUACCCUUCCAUGAAAGAGCGUACAGAAUUUGGUGACGGUGUAAGUAUGAACAAUCUUGAUAUGAGACUGCAUGAGAUUAACACACUUGACUGGGAUGAGCUUUUAGUGUCAAAUAAUCCCACUGAAGCAACUUUAACCACCAGAGAACAGAAUCCAUACCUUCAACAAGAUAAGCAACCUUCUACGUUCAGCUCAGAAAAUAAUGGAAGCAGUUUGUUGACCGGACACCCUCAUCCUGGUAUGCUUACUUCCAGAAAUUCAAUGAACCCUGUUGCAGAUACUAGUCUUGCACAAGUCACUCAUGUGGGUGACAUGUUUCUUCCUUUGACGGUGGUUCAAACACAUCAAAAAGAGGAAGGAAGAAUAUAUGGUAUGGGGGCAGUAGGUGCUGGGGAUUUGUCGGACAAAAUGGCAAAAGAUGGUUUGCAAAGUCAAGACAGCUUCGGAAAGUGGAUGAAUGAGAUUAUAGUUGAUUCGCCUGAGUCAGUGGGUGAUCCUUCAUUUGAAUCUUCUUUAGAAACUAGUCAUGGGUCUCUUAUGUCUUCAGGAGCAGUUAACCAUGAAGGCCCUUACCCAGCACAAAUUUUCUGCAUAACUGAUAUAUCACCAACGUGGGCAUACUCAACUGAAGAAACAAAGAUAUUAGUGGUUGGGUUCUAUCAUCAAGAAUAUCGACAAUUAGCAAAGGCUACUGUAUAUUGUGUGUGUGGUGACACAUGUGUUCCUGCUGAAAUUAUACAAGUUGGUGUGUUUCGUUGUAUGGUUUCGCCACAGAGCCCUGGAUCAGUGAACUUUUAUUUGAGCAUUGACUGUAGCACACCCAUAAGUCAAGUGCUCACUUUUGAGUUCCGUUCCCCUGCAAUGACUAAUCCAGUUGUUAGGCAGGACAAGUCUCAGUGGGAUAUGUUCCGGAUACAAAUGAGACUCGCUUAUUUGCUUUUUACCACCUCCAAGAGUCUUGACAUUCUAUCUAGCAAAGUAUCACAGAGUGCUCUGAAGGAGGGGAAAAAGUUUGCUCUAAAAUACUCAAAUACUGCUGAUAGUUGGGCAUACUUCACCAAACUUACAGAAAGUGGUAAGAUCACAUUUGAACGAGCUAAAGACAAUUUGUUUGAACUCUCUAUGAAAAGCAGGCUCAAGGAAUGGUUGUUGGAAAGAGUAGUUGGUGGGAGUAAAAUUUCUGAACGUGAUGCUGAAGGUCAGGGAGUUCUGCAUUUGUGUGCUAUCCUUGAUUACACAUGGGCAGUCUAUCCAUUUUCUUGCUGUGGCCUAUCAUUGGACUUCAGAGAUAAGUUUGGAUGGACGGCUCUUCAUUGGGCUGCAUACUAUGGGAGGGAGAAAAUGGUUGCUGCUCUUCUUUCUGCUAGAGCGAAGCCAAACUUGGUUACGGAUCCAACUUCUGAAAACCCUGGUGGAUGCACAUCUGCUGAUCUUGCAGCUAAGCAGGGUUUUGAGGGCUUAGCUGCUUAUCUUUCCGAAAAGGCCUUGGUUCAGCAAUUUGAAGAUAUGAGGAUUGCAGGAAAUGCUGGUGGCUCACUUGAAACCCAAACUUACGAGACUUCCAAUGCCAACAACAUAACUGAAGAGGAACUCGAUCUAAAGGAUACUCUGACAGCUUAUCGCACAGCAGCAGAUGCUGCUGCACGCAUACAAGUUGCUUUUAGGGAGCAAACACUUAAGCAGAGGAGUAAAAUUGUCGAGUUCUUGAAUCCAGAGACUGAAGCACAAUAUAUUGUUGCAGCAAUGAAGAUACAGCAUGCUUUUCGAAACUACGAAUUACGGAAGCAGAUGGCUGCCGCUCUUCGCAUACAGCAUAGAUUCCGUACUUGGAAACUUCGUAAAGAUUUCCUCAAUAUGCGACGAAAAGUUAUCAAGAUUCAGGCUGCAUUCAGGGGCUUCCUUUUGCGGCAGCAGUACCAAAAGUUUGUUUGGUCAGUUGGGGUGCUGGAGAAAGCCAUACUGCGGUGGAGACUGAGGAGGAAAGGCUUCCGUGGUCUUAAGGUUGAAAUUCAGGAGCCUGUUGAUGAUCAGAGACAAGAAAGUGAUACAGAGGAAGAUUUCUAUCGAGCUAGCAGAAAACAAGCUGAGGAGCGUGUUGAAAAAGCUGUGGUGCGUGUACAGUCUAUGUUCCGUUCAAAGCAGGCACAGCAAGAAUAUCGAAGGAUGAAAUUGGCUCAUACACAAGCACAGCUUGAAUUUGAAGAUUCAGUUAAUCCAAAUGGCUUUAUGAACGAAAUGUAGCGUAAUGAAGCUGCACUCAGAGAUUUGUUGACGCGGGAGCAUAAUAUGGUUAUUAUAAGGGGGAAAACGAUGCUGGUUUCAGCUCUGUACAUGUCUUGUAAAGAUGUAGAUAUGUAGAAUUGGUCAGUUUGCCCCUUACAUUACUAUUUUCGAUUCAGAGAUUUCGCAUCUCUGACAUUUUCAGUUCCUAGUUAUGUUUUCUUUUGUUUGGAGGGAAAUCGUGUACUGUGUAAGAUGACUGUUGGAGGAUGUAAUGCUUGAUUCCUCUUCAGCUGUAAAAACUUAGUGAUGCCCCAUAUAUUCCAUUAUGGUCGUCCAGUC